AUGCAGACAAUUGUAUUGUCUCUUUCCCUUCUGGUUACUAUUUAUAUAAUUGUACAGCCAAGUGCAUGUACAUUGCCAGUGAAUCUUCAAAACGUCGAUCUUGUCGAUAUAACUUCAUCAUGGGAAAGAUUUCCCACGAUAAUUCGCAAAAUUAAAGACGUUGUCGAUCGAUUCCGUUGUCCAAAAGGAUGGCAACGUCUAGGCGGUUCAUGCUACUUCAUUUCAAACAUAGCAUCAACAUCAAAUGAAGCUAAUUCUACCUGUAAUUUCUUGUAUUUCAAUCAUUCAAGGUUGAUGCAAAUUCGUCGUCCAAUCGAAUUAUUCUAUGCAGCAGAUAUUCUCAUUAAAAAUAAUUUCUCUGCAUUGAUGCUCAAUAUCCAUCCACAAUUACUUAACAGAAAACAUAUUGACAAAUUGUUGAUGAAUGACCAAGGUGAAUGGCAGCAAAUGAAAGAAAAUUUUCGAGAAGUACAAAUGAAAGAUUAUAAAUCGAAAACGCAAAUUCUUGAUGAAUUGCAUGCUGCUGGUUUAAGUAUAUCGGGACGUUCGAAAAAAAUUAAACAUAUUUUUCACCAAAAGAGCGGAAAAGCUCAAAUUGACCAUAGUGCUUCAUAUGAAUCUGAUGCUGAUGAACCAAUCGAUGAUGUACAAAAUAGGACAAAGAUUCCUAUGCAAAACCCAAUGAAGAUUAACCAACAAAAAUAUGAUGAAGAUGAUCUCGAUUCCAUUGAUGCAGCCAACAAUUUUGCACACAUCGACGAUGUUCAUAGUGUUUGUGAUCAAGUCAUUUGGAAUGAUAUAAAAAAUGAUUCUCAAGUCUAUAUUCUAAGAAUUGUUUUGCAUGCUGAGAAAGUCAUCUGUUCAUUUAAUGCCAGUGAACCAGACAUCGAAUAUAAUCAUGUCUGUGAAUAUGUUUCGAGUCAAGGUCAACAAAUUAUAAUCAGUUUGAUUAUUAUUACUAUUUUAUAUGGUUUAUCGUCCCGACGAUGUCGAUGGUGUUCCUUGUUUUGUGUCAAUCAAUGUACUAGAACAGAAGAUGAGAAAAAUAUCACAACAGAUCAUGCUAAUCUAGAGUCGCGCCAUUUUACAAAAGCACAAGAAACCGCGGAAUAUAUUUUACCAAAAACACCGUAUCGUUUUUUAAAUCCAAAAAAAUUUGAUCUAGUUCGCCUAUGUUUGAUUGGCGGUUUGAAUGUAUUUAUUCUCUCUCUACUGUUGAUCCUAACGACAAUACUUCAUUUCAUGACAUUUCAAAAUAAGAUUUUUCAUGAAAAAGAUACUAUUCAUAUAGUAACUCAAUGUGAUAGAAUUUCGAAUUAUGGAGUAGAGAAUUUAAUAUUUGCUCCAGUCGCUCUUGCAUUAAUCGUGAUAUUUUAUUGGUCAAUUAAACGAGAAAGGCGAUGUCCUACAGCGUGCAAUGGCCGACCUGGUAUAAUACCACCGAUUCAACCAUUUCACACGGUUAAUCGAUUCACAACAGCAGCUGUAUUCAGCCUUCUUACGUUUGAAAUAUUGAAAAUUUUCGAAGAGCUCUUCAGCUCUAGCGCACUAUUACAUGAUGGUAUAAUCAGCGCCCUCUCCUUAUACAGUGGCAUUUUCUUUGUUCUCGGACUACGCUACUAUCCUAUUUUAGUCUCCCUACAUUUAAGCAAUAUUGCCAGUCGUUUCUUUGCUUUUUUAUACAUUGUUGUUCAAAUUGCAUAUACAAUUAUACGUGAUGGAUCAUGCAUGCGUUUUCUCUCUCGAUCACAAAAUUAUUCGGUUUCAGAUGAAUCGAAAUUACGUUUGGAACUCGGCAAUUGGUUUAUCAUUUUUGGCUUACUUAAAAAUAUACCAUAUUUUGUUCUACUGUCAUAUAUUGGUGCCGAAUUAACUGUACGUUUUGCUUAUGAUUCAAUUUAUGUUCCUUACAAGAAAAAAAGAAGUAUUCUGCUUUCAUCAGAAACACGAUGUGAAGAAUGUAAAUUUUCACGAUAUUAUGUUAAAGAAUUAUUUCGAAGAAAUAAUCGAUGCUAUCCACCGAUAACAACGGCUAACAGAGAGAUUAUGCAUCCUACUUAUCGUAGCGAUCAUAAAAAUGCAGUUAGAUUACAACGCCAAGGCGAACAAUCGCGUGUGAAAAAGUUUCUGGAUAUAAUUUAUUGUUGGGAUAAUAGCUUUCGUUUUACGACUAUGGCUAUUUGUACCUAUUCAGCUACUUGGGUUACUCUAUAUUACCUAGCAUGCACAUGCAUUUUUUGGCAUAUUUCACUAACAACAGAACAUGUUUCAUAUCUGAAAGUUUUCAUUGAAUCAAUUUUCAAGAUCGAUGGAAAAAGUUCGCUAUUCGAUCGUGAAAUAAUUUUUAGCGCAAUUGUGGCCUUCAUUAUCUCAGCAUUACAGUUAUGUAUCAGUACAAACAAUUACAAGAGACACAAACAACAAUUGUAUAAAGGCAUCUAUGCAGAAGUUCCAAUGUUAAAAAAUGUCAAAGCAAAUUCAAUUAUACUGAAAUCUGUUCAUUAUUUUGGCUUUUUUGUUGCUUAUAUGGCUUUCGGUUUGGUUGUUAUUUUUCAUUUAAUGUUUUUCAUUUUCUGCUCUAUUCGAAUUAUUGUGGAGAACACUUAUGUUUUCACUUCGACAUUUCGUACAGUCGUGCCUGUUCUAGUUGUUUAUUUAUUGAUAUUACUCUGCAUGACAUCGGUAGGCAAGGUGUCCUUGAUACAAAAUUCAAAUGAAAACGUGAAUCUGAAAAAUCGGAAAAUGUACGCAAUUCUUUUAUAUGUUUAUUUUUUUGUCGACUGUUUCCUUGGCGUAGUUUCCUGUGUUAUUCGUUUAAUAAAUGCUACAUUGCUCAAUUUACUCUUUAUCGGUCGACUAGAUUACAGUUUGCUAGGACGUCCAUCGGAAAAGUUCGAUAGUGGCUUUGCUACCUACGUAUCAUAUUUACAUGUAGAAGUGACUCACACACAUCCUGUGAUGCUUGCCUUCUGUAAUUUACUCUAUGAUGAUAUCAUUAAACGUCGACCGACACAUUUAUAUAAUGGUGAGUGCUGCGUCGAUUCAAGUGAACUUGAUAGUGAUGAUAAUAAGUCAGAACGAGUGCGGCCAUCUAAGCGUGAGACAUACACUCCGAAUCGAAUUUCUCGACGUGAAUCCAAUAGACAUGCAAGCCGAAAGAAUAUAUCUGACGAUAGUUCAAUAAAGAUAAAAUCAAGACCAAAGGGGAAGAACCAAUCAGAAAGAGAUUUCAUUAAAAAAAUGACGACCUCAUCAUUAACAGUGGAUAUAAAUGACAGUGAAGAUAGCGAAGUGAUAAAAGAAAAACAGCCAAAACAACAAUCACGAAAGAUGAAAAGUAAGAAUUCAGCGAUACAACCCAUGAUGUCCGAAGUCUACUCGACAGUCAACUACUUGAUCGAUAGAGACAAGACAAACGACCAUAUGCAGUUAUUACGAAGAAAGCAAGCUCGAUUUCGUUGGCAUCUCGCCUAUACUCUUCUUAAUAAUUAUCAAAUUUUCGAUCAGAGAAAAGGUCGCCCUCGUCGGCUAAUACAAGCGUAUGCACAAAGAAGCAAUUGCCUGAGAGAAGCAGAUGAAUAUCCUGUUGAACCAAUACCAUAUAUGGGACAACGUAUCUUUAGGAAAAAUUCUUCUGCAAAAUCUAUAUCUUCUGAUCAACAUUCCGCUUUCGUGCCUAGUCGUCGUCAUUCAAUUUCUGUUAUCGAGCAUUCUCCACGGAGUUCAGCCAGAUCUUAUAUCGAUAUUCAGUCAAGUAAUUAUUACAAUGCAGUUGCAAAAAAGCACAUAGGAAAUCAACAGUCGUUGGCUUGUCAAGCAUUAUCACCCAACUGCUCGGUAGCACAAGCACCACUGAAUCUUGAUGAUGAUGUUCAGAAAAUUCAAAGUUGCUCUAAAAAACUCGCAAGAAAAUUACACAAAAAAGGAUUACACUACCAUGCUAAUCAAUCACCACCUUCGGAGCCCACAGUGUUUACAUUCCCAGCAGAUACUAUUAUUACUGCGCAAAAGCUCACAAUGACUUCAAAACAACAACAAGAGACACAGUGCAAGGCUGCUGUUAGCGACCAACGAACGAGCAAGGUUUCGUUUCAACUUCCGUACCCUUCACAACAAAUAUCAAGUGUUCCAUCAAUCAUUGAUACCAAGCAUCAAAAAGUAAGUUUUCAGUCCAAGACCAAACGAAACCCGUUGAAUGCGAGUCCGAGUACCCAGCUGCUCUAUCACGAAUGA